GGAGAGCGCCAACAGUCAUCCAGGUGGCUGCAGAGAGCUCAGGUCUCGCCCAACGGGUUCAUCGUUGUCAGGGCUGUGUCGGGUUUCGAUUCAAAUUGGGCCCUGAAGGCUGCCCUUCACAUUUUCGUUGCCGUCUAAAACGACAAAGGACAAAAUACAGUUUUUAUUUUUCCCUCAUCGAAAAAGAAAAUCUCUACCAUGGAGAGGUGGACUUUUGCCUUGGCUAUCUUGUGUCUGGUGUGGUCAGAUGGUGGCGCUGUCACAGUUGAAAUUCCGCAGCCUCAAUAUGAGUUUGCCAGAGGUGACAACAUCACACUUCCUUGUACGUUUAAAACCACCAAAGUGAACCCAGCAGUUAUCGUCGUCACCUGGUCUGCAGAGGCUGCAGAAGUUGAUGCUGAGGAGAACCAAGUCCUCUCGCACUUUUGGCCCAGUGGACAAACCGACAUCACCUCAAAGUACGAGGGCCGGGCGUCCCUGGAUGUCGAUAUCAAGAGAGGAAGAGCUAACCUUAAGCUGAGCUCCAUCACACUGGAUGACAACAAAAGCUUUGAGUGUCGUCUCCUGAUCCAAGGCGACGACGAGGGCACACCGGCCGACACCACGCGUCUGGUGGUCCUGGUGGCUCCAUCUACACCCAUCUGUAAGAUCCAAGGCACGGCAGAGUAUGGGCAGAACAUCAACCUCACCUGUCGUUCAGAGGAGGGCUCCCCUCCUCCCACCUACACGUGGAAAAGCGUUGACACCCAGAGUAUGCCUCGUGCUCCUUACCCCAGAUCCGUUGACAAAGGAGGCAUCCUCUCUCUCUUUAACAUCUCCAAAGAGUCUUCUGGAUACUACACUUGCACGUCGACCAACAAGAUCCGCUCAGCUCAAUGCAACAUCACCCUCUCAGUCAUGCCACCAUCCAUGAACAUUGGUUCCACAGCGGGAAUCAUUGGUGGGGUAGUCGCUGCUUUGAUUGUGCUCAUCGUCAUCAUCUAUUGCUGCUGCUGUCGCAAGAAGAAGGAGGGAGAGGAGGAGUACGCCAUGGGGAAAGUUGAGGACGAGUACCAUGACAAAGAGCCCAACACGAACGGAGGGGGUCGUCGCGCAGACGAAGAGGAGAGCGUAAGAGGUCCUGAUGACGACCGCGUGAGGAGUCCCGUGGAGCGGCGCGACGACUACGAGGAGAGGAGCGAGCGCGACUACGACCGCCGAAGGGACUACGAUGACCGGCGCAGCGACUACGACGACCGGCGCAGCGACUACACCGACCGCCGCGAGCGCUACGACGACGACCGUCACUACGACGACGAGCGCCGCUACGACGAUCGCAGAGACCGUCGCUAUGAAGACGACGACCGUGAAAGAGCACCAAGGAGGGACUACGAUGACUAA